AUGUUGGAUCGAGGAAGCGACGCCGCCACCGGAACGGACGUCGUGGAUGUGUCUGCGGAUGGGUCGUUUGACAUCCAGAACCAGCAGCGCCGUGGAAUGCCAACUUGGGAAGCUCUCAAAGCCGAAGGCAGUUCGUACUUCCAGAAGAAAGACUACGAGAACGCACUCGCCAAGUACGCGUCGGCACUCGUUGACGCACCUCUCGAUCAACAUCACGUGUUGCAUGGCAAUCGCGCCACAUGCUUGUUCCAGCUCAAGAAGUUCCGCGACGCAUUGGUCGAAAUCCACAAAGCGUUGGCGUUGGUGCCUACGUGGGACAAGGGGCUGAUCCGGAAGCAAUGCAUCCUCCAAGCCUUGCACAAAGCGCAAGGUCCAAAGCAACAACCGCUCGGCGCCGUGUACACGGACAAAGCAUCCGUAAUCCCCGACACGUCCGAGUCGAAAGAAUCGCAAUUGGUCUGGCGACGUCUCAUGCGUGGAUUGGAAAGUGCCAACCAAGAUUGCUUGGACGGCGUGUUUGCCAAGCUUACCAAUGAAACGGAUUUUCGCAAAGUUAUGUACCCCGGCAUGACCGCCGACGACAUCCGCAAUCAUCACAUGCCUCGGACCCUCAAGCAACUGCUGGAAGACCCAUGGUACGAGCAGGAAAUGAUCGACCUUAUGCCCAAGAUCCAGGCCAAAGCCAACUCGGUGCUCGACAACGUCAAGCGCAAAGGCGCGACCGUCGGCGACGUCAUGGAUGCCGCCACCGAAGCCAUCCUUCGCCCUCAAGUCCUGCGUGAAGCGUUUGGCAGGGAAGUGCUGACAAUGCUGCAGCGCGUGGCGACCAAGAAGCAUGCGAUGCUGGCGCAAGAUGCUUCCCGUAUCGCAGAUCCCGACGCCGCGUGUGCUCUAUGGGACCAACUGCACGAGGCCACGUUGACUUCGUUGUUGGGUGCCGACAGUGCGCCCCGUUUCUUUGGCGUUCAAGACGACUUUCUGGGUGCCGACUUUGUGCCGCUGGUGCGCUCGGACGUCCUGCGCAUGCAUAAACAAGGCCAAUUAGUGCGUGGGGACGGCUGCCACGUUCGUUUCCUAGACAUUUCGACCGACUCGAACAAGUCGUUUGCCGACAACUUUCCCGCCCUCGCCGACCUGGUCGAGAAACUGCACGCGUUGCCGCAUGAAAUCAACCACAAGCGACGCCGACGACAUGAUCACCAUCCCACCGCCAUCCAACUGUGCGCGGAAUCGACUUGCGCGACGACAUUAGUGGCGCUCCAAGCUGGAGAAAGCCAACCCAUGCGAUUGGAUUGUGGAGUCGAUGCCCAGCACGACAAUGGCUACCGCAUCACGUGCAUCUACUGCAUCUCUGGAAUGCCAAAUCCUGGCCUGAAUGACCACGAAUAUAAAAACUCAGAGUCCGGAGGGGGGGGCAUUCAACUGCACACGACCUCCAACCACCACGCGACGUUGGCUGCAGUGCCCGACCGCAUCGUGGUGCUUCAAAGCCAGCACGUGCUGCAUGGGAUCACGCCCGUACCAGACCCGUCUUCUCCCAUGUACUUUGUACUGUUUCGUAUCCACGGAUCCUUAGAGUAGUACUAGUACUAGUACUAGCGCAACCUACUAACUACGAAAUAAACAAAUAAGUACUUAGGGAAUCGGAUAGCGUUGGUGGUUGGCGUUAUGAUGGGGCAGCAUCGUAGCGUUUAAGUCCACCGCGUGGUGUCUUAGCACGUGGCGAUGGGCGACCACGCUGUACGUUCUUGUCUUUUGUAUUGUACUCGAUCGGGUGUUGCUGGUCGAGUCGUCAGAAACGGCGGACGGAUCGAUAUUGCCGGAGAUGGUGGCGGCUUCCAUCUGUGGAUGAUCCACCGACGACACCACGCGGGGCGGUAAACUAUUGGCAACAUGAAGCGCGACGCCAGCUUGGAGCUUGGAUUGUCCGUGUUUUGGGGUCCAGCAACUUGGUUUUUUACGGCGGUGGCGCAUGGCCUCGGUCGUCGUCACUUGUGGCGAUGGACGAGGGGUGCGCAGUAACGGAAGCGGCGGCCCCUGCUGCAAACUGGUAAGCGAUUGUGUGUGUAUACAACCCCCGAGUGCCGCGGUGUCGUGGAUGGUCGUCGUUGGGAUGGGGGUGCUGUGACUGGCGGACCAACAUAGGAUGCAUGUGAUGGUGUAGCACUGCGAACACCACAACACGGCUUCGUUCACUUCACAUCGGGCACAUACUAGCGCCAUGGACCUGUCGUCGUCUCCGCUGGAAUCGUCUUGAACAUCAUCCAUUGGAAUAAUGGGGCAUGGAUCUUGCAACCGCCCACUAUGCAACCGAUGGCGGUGCGUGGUGUCUGCGACAGCGUCCAAGUCGCUACGGGUUGGGGGUCGUCGAGUCGUAUCGACAUGCAUCGAGUCAUCUUGCGGUCCAUGUGUAAACUCACGUGAUGCUUUCGCGCGGGAUCGCAUGCUUUCUCGAUGGAACAGUGGGAUUUCAUCGGGGAGGAUGCAUGCGGCCGUGUCGCUGGCUUGGGCACUCCAGUACUUGCGCAAUCGGAGCUUUUGUUUCAAUUGGUCUUCUUGCGUGGCCUACAAAAUGCACAACGACGAAUAUCACAUUCAUAGUAGUUAGUAAAUAUAUAUAUAGUAAUAGUAGUAAUAGUAGUAG